GGCGGGCGGAGAGAGUCACAAAAUGGCGGCGCCCAUCGCUGAGGAGCUGGAGCGCCUUCUCAACCCGCUGCCGAGCGUCCCCCACGACCCGGAGGACGACGCCGAGGAUGCCACCCUAGCCAAAGUUGUUGACAAGUUUGAUGAAGGAGCGCUCGAGGAUGACACUGUUUCUGUUGGACACAUCCGGAAAGCUGUCUCUGUCAGCCUCUUGGAUGCUGAUGAGCGGUACCACGGCAAGGCCACGUCUCGCAGAGCCUUGGAGGAAGAGCUCUGGGGUGAGGCCCAGCCGCUAGAUGAACAAACCUCAAGUGAGGAGGAGACCAGUGAAGGUGAUACCGACAGCGAACCUCCAGAGGAAGACUUGGCUGAUGAGUCUCCCGAAAUGGAAGAAGAAGAGGAAGCUGCUGACCUUGAGAGUGGCCAGGAGGAGGAAGAGGAGGAAGGAGAGGCAUUGGAGAACUUGAAGAAACCAACCUUCACUUUCCAGGCCAUCAAAGAUUUUGAGAAAUUUGCAGAAGAAAUGGACGAAAUAGAAAGUGGGGAUGAAGAUGAGAAUUUGAGCAUGGAAGAAGGCAGUGAAGCUGAUGUGGACUCAGAGGACGAUGCUGAGGACAGUGAUGAGGAGACACCUGAUCAAGAUGAGGGUCGAGAUGACGGGGAGUUGUUGAUGUUCUCGGAGGACAAAGAGGCUGAGGAAGUAGCGAAAGGGAGAGCUGUAAAGAAUCAAAUAGCCCUGUGGGACCAGCUCUUGGAAGGGCGAAUUAAGCUGCAGAAGGUCCUCUUGACAGCCAACCAGCUGCCACAGCCAGAUACUUUCCCUGAGUUUCAGGAAAGAGGAGGACAGGUGUUCGCUGAUGUGCUCAAAAACAACUGCAAAGCCCUGAAGGCACUGCUGAGAGCCCUGGCAGACCUCCAGGAUGAGCUGCUGCACCAGCACUCCAGCACAAGGCACCUGGCCGAUGGGCAGAAGACAGGGGAGGAGAGUGACGAAGAGAUCCCAAGCAGUAAGCACAGUGAGGAUGACGAGGAGGCACGUGACACGGCAAGGGAAAAGGCGCCGCAGAGGCCCCCCAAGCGGAAGCUUCAGAUGGGAGAAUACCCAGAGUUUGCAUCCAAGCGGUUUGCCGAGUUCCGGGCCUAUCGAAACAGCACGCUGCAGAACUGGCACGACAAGACCAAGCUGGCUUCCGGCAAAGUGGGAAAGGGUUUCGGUGCCUUUGAGCGUUCAGUCUUGACUCAGAUUGAUCAUAUUCUGAUGGACAGAGAGAGAUUACUCCGACGGACGUGGACCAAGCGAUCAGCCUACAAGGUGCUGGGGAAGCGGGAGCGAGGGCCUGAGCCGCUCUCAGAAGCUUCUCUGGGACACACGGAGGCCCCACCGCCAGCCACCUCCAAUGCACACCUGAAAGACCUGCAGGAGGAGAUCUUCGAUGACGACGACUUUUACCACCAGCUCCUCCGGGAACUCAUUGAACGCAAAACCAGCUCCCUGGAUCCAAAUGACCAAGUGGCAAUGGGCAGGCAGUGGCUGGCGAUCCAGAAAUUGCAGAGCAAAAUCCGGAAGAAGGUGGACAAAAAAGCCAGCAAAGGAAGGAAACUUCGGUAUCACGUCCACAGCAAGUUGGUGAGCUUCAUGGCUCCCAUUGACCACUGCACGAUGAAUGAUGAAGCCAGGACGGAACUCUAUCGGUCCCUCUUCGGCCAACAGGCACCUCUUAAAGGAGAGGAGAGGCCCUAACUGCGGAGGCCGGGCAUUGGCAGGGCCCGGGAUGCGGAGAAGAGGCGGGCCUUGCCCUCUCCGGCCAGCUCCUGGCGCUCUGCAAGCCCAGAGGAGGGAGCCACGGAUGUCACUUCUGGAACUCGGGGUGCGUGGCAGCUUGGUGGAGUGUUCAGCCAGUCGCACCUGCAGGUUUGCCCAGACUGGGAGAGGAGAGCGCUCCCUGCUUCUGAAAGCAGCCUUCAAGACCGACCCCCGUGCGGGACACCCGUGGCCAGACGUUGCCUCUUGUCACAACGUGUGCGCUUGUUGCUCAGAAUGUCCAGCUGUCAGAGAGUGUGCGGCAGUUCCCCACUCAGAGUGUGUUCUGUUUCCUGUGCGGUUGCCAAGCCUGAAACUCGCCCGGAGGCCGUUCUGGCGGUGUGAGGUGGUUACGGAGAAGCUGCCACUCAGCCUGAUCUGUAUGAAAGCGAGCCAAGCGCCUUGUGGAGUACGAAGAACGCUCGCCCGACGUUCACCUUGCGUCUCCUUGUGUGGAGAGAUUCUGGGGGCUGCAACUCGAUUUAACACACACAUACACACACAAUGCACAUUUGUGUGCUGUGUGGGACAAGACUGCCGCCCAGUAAUGAAUGCUCGGCUGCAGCAGCAGGGACAAGGUGCAGUGAGCAGGUCUUGGUGCUGGUGGCUCCUCGGCUUUGCCGGGAGCCACAUCCACCUCUCUUAUUUGGCUGAGCCGUUCCUGUAUCUUAAAAAUUCAGUUCAGGAACUCUAACAUCAUAAUGCGCUCCUCUGAACUUCUGUGAGCUCCGUUUUUAAAAAUACAUGCAACCCAUUUUCUGAGCAACUGUUCCCAGGGGAGCAGAGCUAAAUUUUACCUCCGGUGUGUACCGACACACGCCCAACACCACCAACAGAAUUGUCUUCCUUCGACCGCAGAUCUUAAUGUAUUUAAUUAUUUUCACUGAUGGGGAUUCACGGAUGUCUCUUCCCAAUAGAGACACAUUCUGUGCAGAGGUUAGCCUUGGUGUAAAUCUAGCAAAGGGAAAGAUGAUUCACUUGUUUUUAUUCAGAAGGUCAAAAAGCUGGGAAUUAAAUCCCCAUAAAGUGAAUUUAUUAGCCUGCUGUGAUCAAUUGCCAAUGGAGAUUAUCUUGCAUAAGUAAUAUGUGCAUAUGUACCUUGUAAUAUAACACCUGUAUAGAUUAUCUUCAUUCCAGCCCAUAUCACUUAAAGUAGAAUAAAAUAGUUUUAUAAAGCUGGCCACCUUUAUAA